AUGCCGAGUGCUGAAGCAUCCCCCAAAUACCAUCCAGGAGGGCAAUACGAGACCAAAACCACACCAAAUGGAGGAGGCGUAGUUAUAAGAGAUGGCGCAUCGUCCUUCAAAGAUGGUGAGCUGGAGAGUGAGCAGGAGGGUGGGUUUGAGGGUGAGCUGGAGGGUGGGUUUGAGGGUGAGCUGGCGGGUGGGUUUGAGGGUGAGCUGGAGGGUGGGUUUGAGGGUGAGCUGGAGGGUGGGUUUGAGGGUGAGCUGGAGGGUGAGUUUGAGGGUGAGCUGGAGGGUGGGUUUGAGGGUGAGCUGGCGGGUGGGUUUGAGGGUGAGCUGGAGGGUGGGUUUGAGGGUGAGCUGGAGGGUGGGUUUGAGGGUGAGCUGGAGGGUGGGUUUGAGGGUGAGCUGGAGGGUGAGUUGGAGGGUGGGUUGGAGGGUGGGUUGGAGGGUGGGUUUGAGGGUGAGUUGGAGGGUGGGCUGGAGGGUGAGUUGGAGGGUGAGCUGGAGGGUGAGUUGGAGGGUGGGUUGGAGGGUGAGUUGGAGGGUGAGCUGGAGGGUGAGUUGGAGGUGGGUUUGAGGAUGAUUCAGGACUUUGUCGAGUCUUAUGCCUUAGGCAGAUUAGAAACCUGA